AUCAAUGGCCGUCAUCUUUGUUUACAACCACCACAAGCGAGAUAACAAACGCGCUGUUUAUAUAACAGCGUCCGAAAAACGAAAAAAAGUUCACUUCCGCGCAGUUUGUGAAUUGUUCGUAAACAGAUGAAACUAGAUCCCGAUCAGUAUUAACCGUAUUAAUAGAAUUAAAGGACGCUUCGAACGUCCGCAAACCAAAGCCAACCAAGGAUGGAGAUGCAAGAGCUGACCGCCUUCCAGCAAUCGGACGAAAUCACCCAACCGUUCACGAUCGGCUGCACCGGGGAAGUGGUGAUAGUUUGCGCCAAGGAACACACACUCGUACUACGGCUGAAGUAUAGGCACAUCGUCGAGGAUGGAGCAAUCUGCUACGAACUGUCGCGCAUCAAAUGCUCCAACGCCCGGCCCACCGGCGCCCUGGUGGCACGCGAGGAUAUCAUCUACAAUGCUAGCACGAUGGAGCAGCGCAAGCAAAUAAUGCUCGAUCAGACGUUCUUCCCCAACAUUGCCAAGGUGUACAUCAAUAACGUCCAGUCGUGGCUAUCGCCGGUCGGAAUUUUCGAACACAACCCUCGUGACCAUCUCAUCGCGAACCUAACCAAUAUGGGACAGCUCACGAUUUAUCGGCUGGAGGAACGGUUUCAAUCCGGCUGGAACACGUACGUCGACGUGUCGGAUACGUGGCACUCGCACAUCUACGAUCAGCAUCAGAUCGAAAGCUUCGAAGAGCUGCAGAUCAUGGUGGACGAGAUGAUGAUUACGUGCUUUGCCUGGGAAAGUGCUAUUUAUCAACAUCCGGCACGGUUCGCGUUCGGCACAAGGUCGGGCAAAAUUGUGCUGUGCCAUCUGGAACCGAACUGUCCAAAGAUUGAGCAUGUGCACCAGGAGGAGGAAGCGUCGCGCGUCAUCAAGUACGUAGCCGUCCAAGGGCAGCAUCAUUUUCUGCUGGUUGGACUCGAAAGCGGAAGGCUAGGCGUGUACCGGUUCGGGAAGAGCGAUGCCGCACCGGAAGGCGUCUAUUGUGCCGAGUACGUUGCUACGUACCUCGAGCGUGACAUUGCUAUCUCGGCGAUCGAGUGCGAGGUAGAGCGGAAAGCGAAUGGAGAAGAAAUGCUGCUGAUCCUUGUGGCAAAGGCGACGUACUUGCUAGCGCUCGAGAUAGCCUUCGAUGGCACGCUGCACGGUAGCGUGACGAUGAACAUGGAAAACUUUAUGGUGACCGGGAUGCAGCAGGUGUGCCCUCGUACCUACAUCGUAACGACACUGCCAGGGACAAUAUUUCACAUCUUCGUCAACGGAUCGCGCUCCCGGAACGGCAUGCAGAUUACGACGCAGGAAGUAAAAAGCGACCUGAACGUUGGCUCAUACGCACUGUACGGUGUGGCCGCAUCACGGACCCGUUCCGCCUGGUUCUUCCUCGGCUAUCCCUCGAGACGUUUCGAUCACCUGACGCUUCGAUCGCCGACCAGCAUCUUUUUCUGUCGCUUUAAUCAGAAGGAUGCGCUGAAAGCGCUGCUGCUGAACAACACCAACAAGCUGGACAACUAUCACGACGCGGUGGAGAUGGUACGGUUCCAGGGCAUCAAGAACUCCGACACACUGAAACCGCUCGAAGAGAUGGUGCUGGUCCUCUCGCUCGACGAGCAAUCCAUGUACUAUCUGAAGCUGCAGCUGAUCCAUCUGAGCGCGAAGAUCAGCUAUCAGACCAAGCGCAGCAGAGCGAUCGCGGAGAGUCUGCACAGUCAGCAUACGUUUAUCUGCAGCUUGAUCGAGGUGAUCAGCGCGUGCCGGGUCGUCUGUUGGUUGGCCGAUCUGUUCACCAACCGCGCCGUACUGGUGCCGUUGCAGCAGAGUGCAUUGCGCUGUCUGCGGAACUUUAUACGCUCCAUAGUUUAUGGCGAAAGCACGAGCGAGUACGAGUAUCUGCUGACCGACUUGAAACCAGUGCUGGAGCAAGUGUUGCAAAAUGCGGACCUAAUUCCAACGCCGGACAUUAUGCACGAGGUGUGCUCGUUCUGCGAUGCACCGAUCGAGCCAAGCAGCCAGAGCUGUCCGAAGAUGCACCAGGUGUUUCGGUGCGUGCUGACCAAAAUCCAGAUUACGCUCGAAAGUGACGAGAUUACGUGCGAGAUGUGCCAACGGUAUUCGGUGCGGCCGGAGUUUCUGGAGACGAUAUUCGAGCACGACACGACGCUGGUCGACUUUCGCAAGUGCUGUAUCUGUGAUGCUCCGUUUAAGGAGAACCAGUUGGUGUAAGGUUAGCACUGGGAAUGGACGUCUCUCGAAAGGGAGGAAUUGUUGAAAAGUGGACACCAACUGAUCUCGUCAUUGAUCAGUCUGAAUUAAGGAAUCCCAUUCCUCAGGAAAGGAGUUGUGCCAUGACAAGCUGUAUGACGAGCUGUACAAUGACCUCAAGAGAACAGCUCCGGAUGAAAGUGUUUGGAGGGGUAGUGAUUGCCCAACGAAAUUCGUCGGCAGGCUCAGAUCGCAAUGCCAGUAAGGUACCAAAGAAGGAUAAACUUCUUGCGGUAAAGAUCAGGCAAUAAAACUGCGAAAGGACACUUUUUUCUAUAAAACCACACAUA